CGAUGUUACAGAACGUUUUAGAAUUGAUGAAAGUCAAUGUCCAACGAUUUUAUUUUGAAUUUCACAGAGGAAAAUUUUUUCGUUAUAACGAGGCGGCAAAGGACGUUAAUGGAGUUGUCUCCUUUGCAAUGUAUAAAUUCAAGGAACAACGCGGGCAUCGAGUACCGGAGCCACCAACUGCUUUGGAACAUUUUUACGAACAUUUCAAAGAGCGACUAACUGAUGCUAUUGAAGAUAAUCAAAAGUUGACGGCAAUCUGUGUAGGAGGGGCCAUUUUAAUUGUUAGCAUUUGUCUCGCAUUUAAAGCAUAUCGGAUACGUUCAGAGCAGCAAUCGACUAUUUCAACUAGCAGUAGAAGAGCAACAAAUACACAAUAA